CCAGACAGGGAGGAUAGUGUUGCAACAAAACAAUUAGAUACUGCCUUCACCAUUGAAGAAGCUGGGGUUGAGGAUGGUGCAAAAGCAACCUUCACCAUUGAAGAAGCUGGGGUCGAGGAUGCUGAGAAAGCAACCUUCACCAUUGAAGAAGCUGGGGUCAAGGAUGCUGAGAAAGCAACCUUCACCAUUGAAGAAGCUGGGGUCGAGGAUGGUGAAAAAGAAAUUGUUUCUCAUCAGAGAUCUUUACAUGGUGGUGAAGAAGAAGACAUCUCAUCAUCUGCUGAUACACCUUGUAGCAAGCUUGAAAUCAGUAUUGAAAAAGAACAUCUUUUAUACACUAAGUUACAAGGGAGGAAAGAGAUGGUGCCAAACCAAUUCCGGAGGUUUUAAUCAUGUAACUGAUGGUACCUUGGAAGAAAUUGUUGGAGCAAAGUCUGAUGAUUGUGAAGGGUCCAUGAGAACUGACAUAGACCUGGAUGGCAUUGACAAUUCAGAUGUGAACCAGUCUCCAUGUUUGGAUGAAAGGAAGAAUUGUAACCUAGAGACAGGGGAACCAAAUGCCUCACGUUUUCCUGAAACCAAAAAUGAUGAUUCCUGGGAAGUUGAUAGCUGCAGUAAACUAAACAUUGUUUCUUCAAUGAAACCUGAGAUGGUGGUAGAUUGCGCUUCGGAUGAACGUAAACACCUAGAGAAUCCCGAUGAAUCAAACAUCUUUACCAACAUGGAGAUGAAAUUGUUUUUCGGGGCUGAAGAUGAAAAUGCAAUUCAAGCCACAUCAAAGAGGAUAUUGAGGAUACAUAUUUCAUGGUGA